CCCCUAGAGGUCGUGGUUGUAUUGGCUGUCGCGACACGACAACGCGCGUGGUGAGGCCUAUCUAUUACCUCGUAUUUUAGUUAAAAAUAAAACAAAAUUUCAAUAAAUUUUAUUUAAAAAUCCGAUUUUAUUUCGUGAUUCGGUUCGAUAUUUUUCAUUACAACAUUUUCCACUUCGAAAAUAGUGUUGCUGGUGCAAACGUUAUAAGUAACGAACUUUUUUGAGCAGUAUUACUAGAGAAAAUGAGAAUGGUCUGGUUGAUGCUUCUAUUCCUAUGGACUCUCUUCACCUCCUCUCAGCCGUCACAGCCUUGUUCCUUCAACUCGAUGUGUUCCUGUCGCUACAUCAACUCCUCCGGCACCAUCAGGGACGUCAGUUGUGUUGGAGUGCCAUUCUACAAACUACCAGAUCUGCCUCACAUCGACAUCUCUCACCUAGACGUGGUGGGAGCAGGCCUGGAGACCGUAGACGACUCUUUGGCUGGGCAGAUAGAGACUCUUCGGCUAAUCACCAAUAGCAUCAUCACUAUCUCUGACAAAACCUUUACAAGCAUGGCCAAUUCCCUACGAUCACUUGAUCUCAGCCAAAACAGAUUAGAAGAGGUUCCUGCCCAAGCAAUAUGCUACCUCAAGUCGCUGAACUGGCUCAACUUACACGGUAACCAGAUUCCAACACUAGAGGGGAACGACUGGUGUCAUCUGAAAGACACUCUCGACAGCCUCUUUCUCGGAGAGAAUGAGUUACAGGAGCUGCCACGAGAGACCUUGCGAACUUUGAGAUCACUGACGUGGCUGAGUCUUGAUCACAACUUGCUGAGGAAGGUGGAACCGCUGAGUUUACCAGAGUCGCUUCAAACACUCAGCGUUCAGCACAACUACCUGGAGCAGGUUCCAAACAUUGAUCGUAUAAAAAGCCUAGUAAGAUUGUCUCUAAGAGGAAAUUUGAUUAAAAGUGUUCCGGAUUAUUCCCUCCAAAAUAGAAAGCGUCUAGAGAAGCUAGAUCUUGGAAAUAAUUUCAUAAACAAUAUCGAUAACAUGUUUAAUAAAACAAUAAAUGUCAGAGAUCUGAGUUUAGAUUUAAAUAAAAUUAGGAGUUUAAACGACAAAAACUUUCUCGGAACUAAUGCUGGACGAAUAAUUCUGGCACUGAACAGAAUAGAGAACAUAUCGACAAAUGCUUUUGUUGGUUUAGAGGAUUCAUUAGAAUACAUAGACUUGGAGAGAAAUUUACUAACCUCCUUCCCUGAUGCCCUAAGUAUGCUUAGGAAAUUAAAGUAUUUAUACAUCCCAUCAAAUAAAAUUUCAUUAUAUUAA